AGGAAGAAGGAUAAAGAAGCGACCAAACUCUGUUUCUGCACCCUCAAGUCUAACCUGUUCUACCUUCCAAAUUAACUGAACUUCACAUUCACAUCUCUCACCCAGACUAUAUUUUGAUAAUAAAAAAAUAAAAGGCGUGUUCUGAUCGAAAAGCUAGGGUUUUUUUGCUUUGGCUUCGUGAUAAGGCAAAGAAAGUUGAAGGGAAAAUGGAAGGUGUGAGCAAUGGAGGGAUGUUGUACCAUGAGGUACAAGAAUCUAAGCUUUGCGCAGUGCAUUGUGUGAACACCGUUUUACAAGGGCCGUUCUUCUCAGAGUUCGAUUUGGCGGCGGUGGCUUCCGAUCUGGACCGUGCGGAGCGGCAGAUGAUGGUACAAGGUGGCGGCGACUUUGUUCCGGAACAGUCUCAUAAUGUUUCCCUCGACGGCGAUUUCAGCAUCCAGGUUUUGCAAAAGGCACUGGAGGUGUGGGAUCUGCAAAUCAUUCCACUGGACAGCCCAGUUGCUGAGCCGGCUCAGAUUGAUCCAGAACUGGAAAGUGCAUUUAUCUGUCACUUGCAGGACCAUUGGUUCUGUAUCAGGAAAGUAAAUGGGGAGUGGUACAACUUUGACAGUCUUAAGGCUGCGCCUGAGCACCUUUCCAAAUUUUACCUUUCAGCCUAUUUAGACUCUUUGAAAGGGUUUGGCUGGAGCAUUUUUCUGGUGAAGGGAAAUUUUCCCAAGGAAUGUCCGAUCAGUUCUUCUGAAGCUUCUAAUGGAUAUGGACAAUGGCUGUUACCAGAAGAUGCAGAGAGGAUUACCAAGUCCUGCAACGCAGCACAGAGAACUGGUGGCAGAAGUGGUCAAACUUCGUGGCCUUCUGACCCAUACCGCCAGUAUGAGGAAGAUGGAAUGCUUUUAGAUCAAGAAGAUGAGGAUCUGAAAGCUGCAAUUGCUGCCAGCUUGAUGGAUUCUUCCCCCGCUGUCAGCAGCAAACCUGACACCUCGGAAAAUGAAAAUAAGGACAAAAGUGCAGCUAAUGCAUGACAAGGAAAUAUUUUACAGUGUUUUAAGCCGAAAAAACUUAUGAACAGUUUUUAUUCAAAAUUGUAUCCAGUGUUGGAUACUAGUUCAUAAUCUGCAGCCUAAACAGUGAUGUUUUUACUUAUUUAAAAAGAAAAAUACACAGUGAUGUUGUUUGUUGGCUGAGACCAAGAUGGAGCUAUACAAAUUUGAAAACAAAAAUGGAAAACCUAUAUCUUCCUGGACUUUGUACUUUGUAGCUAUUUAGUUCCUCCAUUCAA